AUGGCUGAUAUCAUAAACGAUAAAACGAGACCCAUUCAUUCACAAUUCGAAAAAAAAUUGUUAAUUCGAUCAUCAACAACAACUUCGUGUAUCGCUGAUCUUAAAACAGAAAAACCGUCAACAUUACUUCGAUCGUCAGCAUCAUUUUGUCAAGAGAAUAGAGGAGCAGUGAAUGAAAACUGUUGUGAAACAGUGGAAGAUACAAUUAACGAUGCCACUAAACAGUCAGCAUUUGAGCUUUUUCAAUUCUCAAGGAAACGACAAUUAAGUGAUAAAAACGAAAUAAAUGAUUCAAAAUAUGUUAAAAACAAAAAUGAUUGGACAAGAGCAAAAGAUGACAAUGACACAUCAUAUAAAUCGUGUGACGAAAACAAGCAAGAAACAAAAAAAAAAAAUUCGUCUCAAUUUUUUCUGGGGGAGAAUGUUGCGUUCGAGAAGCCCAUACUGCGUAAUUCAUUUAGUCAUACUGCAACGCAAGACCAUUUUUGUAUAAAUAACGAUCAGCAAUUGCAGUUUACAUCAUUGUCAACAUCAUCAGCGACAGUUGCACAACGUCCACAAUCAUUACCUUUAACAACACCCAUACUUUCUAACGAGAUACCAACAAUGCUAUUGUGUGAACAACCUUCAACUUUGUCACCAUUUUCAUCAGUCGGUAGUCAUUAUCGAGCUCCAAUUGAGCAAUCAACUCCAAAAAAAGUCCAAUCAAAAGAUCAAGUAAAGUUUCUCACGUCCGUUCAACUUUCAAAUUAUCUAAAAUCAUCUAUAGAAUUUGCUCUUAUUGAUUGUGGUUCACCAUUCCGACACACUGAAACACAUAUUAAUAAGUCUAUUUUGUUACAUGUUGCUGAUAAAAUAUCAAGAAAACGUUUGACGACACGUGGGCUAUCCAAGUAUCUUGAUACAACACAAAUGAAAUUAAUCGAUGAUAGUGAAUUUAUCGUGCUUUAUGAUGAUAAUGUAACUAUAAGUAAUAUAAAAAAUAGUUCAUGUCCUAAUCUAACGACGACCCAAAAAAUAUCAUCAACACUCUUAAAUAUCACGGAUGAACAUCAUCUAUCGCUAUCUUGCUCAUCACUGAUAGUGAAUGACGAAGAGGAAGAUAUUAUUUCUUCAUCUCAAUUAACUCCAUCAUUAAAAUGUGUAUACGAUGAAAUAAAACGUUAUAAUACAUCAAAAUCUGUUUUCAUUUUGAAUAAACCGUUUGAUGAAUUUUAUCAUGAAUAUUCUAAUUUAUGUAAUGAUCAACAAAAUCUAUCACUACCAUCGUUAUCAGAACAACAAUUAAAUCAACAACAACCAUCACGUUCAGAUAUUGAAAAUUGCUUACUAACUGAAAUUAUACCCGGCCUCUAUCUUGGCAAUGAAGCAGAUGCCAAAAAUUAUGAUUUAUUAGAAAAAAACAACAUUAAAUCAAUUAUUAAUGUGACCACAUGUGUACCAUGUUAUUUUGAAUCAGAACUCGACUAUUUACGUUUACCAUGUAAUGAUACAAGUGGACAAAAUUUAACCGAGUAUUUUAACGAAAAUACAUUUCAAUUUAUUAAAAAUUCAUUAGACAACAAGAAGAAUGUGCUUAUACAUUGUAAAGCAGGUAUAUCACGAUCACCGGCCAUACUCAUAGCCUAUUUAAUGAAUUAUCAUCAUUCAGAAUUUCGAACAAUGAAUGACGCAUACAAUCAUGUCAAACAAAAGCGUUCAAUUGUAUCACCAAAUUUAAAUUUUAUGGGCCAAUUGAUUCAAUUCGAAAAGAAACUCUUAACACCAACAAUAACAAACGAAUUGUAA